GGGACACAGGGAACAUGGCGGCUGCCUUGGAAAAUGAAUUGGUAGUAGACAACGAAGAUUACUAUUCUCUGCUCAAUGUCAGGAAAGAGGCCACUCAAGAAGAGCUUAAGUCCUCUUACAGGCGUCUGUGCAUGCUGUACCACCCUGACAAGCACAGAGACCCUGAGCUAAAGAGGCAGGCAGAACAACUCUUCACUUAUGUUCACCAGGCAUAUGAGGUUCUCAGUGACCCACAGUCCCGAGCCAUUUAUGACAUAUUUGGAAAGAAAGGCCUUGAGGUGGAAGGCUGGGAGGUGGUGGAGAGAAAGAGAACCCCUGCAGAAAUAAGGGAGGAAUAUGAGCGUUUGCAAAAGGAGAGAGAUGAGAGGAGACUCCAACAGAGGACAAACCCUAAGGGCACAAUAAGUGUGGGUAUAGAUGCAACAGACCUCUUUGACCAAUAUGAGGAGGACUUUGAGGAUGUACCAGGAGGAGGUUUCCCCCACAUUGAGAUCAACAGGAUGCACAUUUCCCAAUCCAUUGAGGCACCUCUGACCAAUUCCGAUACUGCUGUACUUUCCGGCUCUCUGUCCACACAUAAUGGCAGCGGGGGCGGAAAUAUAAAUGUGUGUGUGCGACACGUGACUUCAACAAGGGGCUGGGGAGAGCUGGAGUUUGGUGCAGGGGACAGUAGAGGUCCUCUCUUUGGAAUGAAAAUAUUCCGUAACGUAUCUGCACGUUGCUUUGUGACCGCUCAAUGGGGAUUGCAGUUCUCCUCACGUGGUUUGCGUCCCAGUGCCACUACCAUGAUGGCUCGGCACCUGGACCAGAACACUAUGGGCUACCUGCAGUGGCGUUGGGGAAGUCAGUCCGCCAUGACCACCAGUAUCGUCAGGGACACCAAAACCAGCCACUUCACCCUAGCCCUCCAGCUGGGUGUUCCCCAUUCUUACCUGAUGAUGAGCUAUCAGUACAAAUUCCAGGAUGAAGAGCAGACUAAGGUUAAAGGUUCCAUAAAGACUGGGUUCUUUGGCACUUUGGUUGAAUAUGGUGCUGAACGGAAGAUCAGUCGCCACAGCGUUCUGGCUGCUACAGUUAGCAUUGGUGUACCCCAAGGAGUUUCCCUCAAAAUCAGGUUGAACCGAGCCAGUCAAACCUACCUCUUUCCCAUUCACCUGACCGACCAGAUUUUACCCAGUGCUGUGUUUUAUGCAACUGUGGGCCCACUGGCCAUCUACUUAGCUGUCCAGAAAAUUAUUAUUAUGCCUUAUGUACGAGCCCAAAAGGAACAGGACUUAGAGAAACAGAAGGAAGAUUCUGCCUCAGAAAUUGCUGGCAGGAAGCAAGAGGCUGAAGCUGCUGUUUUGCUGAUGCAAGAGGCAGUGAAGAGAAUUAUUGACGCGGAGGAAUCUAAAAUGGGUCUCAUCAUUCUAAACGCCUGGUACGGAAAGUUUGUGUCUGACAACAGUCAGAAGCGAGAGAGAGCAAAAGUCAUCGAUGUGACCAUCCCGCUCCAAUGCUUAGUGAAAGACUCAAAACUCAUUCUUACCGAGGCAUCAAAGGCUGGUUUGCCAGGGUUUUAUGACCCAUGUGUCGGAGAGGAAAAGAGUCUAAAGCUACUCUAUCAGUUCAGAGGCGCGAUGCACCAAGUCCUGUCCGGAGACACAGAUCCUCUUAGGAUACCUAAACAAACUCAUAGAAUAGAGUCAGAGACAUAGGCGUCUCCGACAUAGCACAAGAACGAAGGACAGAUGAAGUCAAUGGACAUCUGGAGAUAGACGGAACAAAUAAAGGGACAGUCAGACAUCGAGUGGUGCAAAGGGCUUCUCCUCUUGUUUUCAUGUAAUCACCUUUGUGUUGUCUCAAAUCCCUUUGCAUGUCUCACAUCAAACAUGGUCCUUCGAAGUUUUAAGUGAGACUUUCAAUCGAUGUGAGUCUCGCUGUAUGUUCUGACCUUCUUAGAAAAUAACGGAUGACAGAUCACUCCAUCCAGCUAUCUCAAUCAGUGUUAAUCCUACAUGCUUAUAGAACUGAUAUAAAAGGGAAAGAAUACCAGUAAAGACUCAUCAAUAAAAAAAUAACGAUCACACAUCAGCUCCAGGACGUCUAGUUCAAACCGUUAUGGAACACUGUACAACCUGUGCUUUUAUAGCCAUUUCUAUUGAUCUCGAAAUGUUUUGUGAUUGAUACCGUAAGUGUACAUAGAUAUUUUUGCCUGUUUGUAUUGUAUGCCUGCCAACUCAGUACUUUGCUAAUGCUCAAUAAUACUAAACAAAACAAUUACUUUUAGAGUGAUCUGUUCUGACCAGAGGAGCAUAAUCUCAUUCUUCCCCAGAUAAAUGUGAUAAAAGAAGAGUCAUUUGAAUUCAUUCUAUAAUCAAGCCAUAGAAAAUGUAAUGUAAUUGGACUCCAUCCCACUUAUCAUUUGUCUUGUUUGUUGUCGUAGUUUAAAUGUAAAAUACACUAUCACAGAAUCCAUAUCCACCGUUUUUUUUUUUAUUUGUUUAGCUGUUGUUAUUUGCACCUGUAUGUUUGCCUUGAUAGCAACUUCUCUAUUGCUCCGUUCUCUUGAAUUGCGCUGCAUUAGUUUUACUGAUGUGAAAUGUCAGCAGCAUUGCACAGAUGGAUCUAGAGUGAAGCUAAAAUAUCUUUUGGAUAAUUUCUUGGUUUGUGUGAUAUUUAUUGAUAUUUGAAUGAGGUUUGAACCAAAUGAGUGUGUAAGAGUACGACAGAGCAAUGUUUAUAGCAAUUUAAAUUAUUUAAACAAUAUUUCGAAUAAAUUACACUACGUUUAUCAUCUAUACUAGAUUAGCAUUUUCCUCCACCGAAAAAUAGCAACUCUCAAUUACCUGAUACAUUGAAAAGCGAUGAUGUUAGGAAAUGCAUUAAUUCCUUCAUUGAAAGUGUGACUUUUAAAAAAUCCAUUAGAGCAUAGUUUGGAAAACAAUGACGUUAGGAAACUGAAAACCUGAGUUCUCAAGUGAAAACAGAUAUGUGUAUAUGGCCUAAGGCUGAAUUUCAAAGUACUUUGCAAUGCUGGGUCAAUGUUCCAUACCAAUGACCUUUGAUGGGUCAUUUACAAGGUCACAAUAUAAUAUUUAUUGUGAUUUAAAAUUAAAUGAUCUUUUAUCCUUUUCUUGUUAUCCAGUACAGUCAUUCAUCUUGAACAUUUCCUGAAGUUUUAAUGUAGGUCAUGUUCAUGUAAAUGGCUGGUUCAAGCCAGAUUUUGCAACUCCGGAUGAAAACAGUGUUGCAUUCCUAUCUGAUGCAAAACCUUAUAUGUAUUAAUGUAGUCAACCAGAAGAGUAAUUUAAACAAUAAAAAGUGAAGGAACCUACACUCUACUCGCUUUUUUUAUUUUUUAUUAAUAUUAUUUUUUUUUUUAUUUAUAUUUAAGGUGCUUUAAGAUAUUUUUUUUAUGAAAUGACACACAGAAAGUGUCUCUACUACCUGUCAGAUUGAUGUAAUUAACAGUUGUGAGGUGACAUAAAAUAUCACACCUGUCUUGUGUCUUGUGUAAACA